AUGGUUUUAUCGCCUGGAUUGGAUUCUGCCCGUGAUUGCUCCUCCGCUCCUCUCCUCCGUCCACCUGCCAGUCCCAGUCUCUUCUUCUCUACCCUAUCAUUCGCGUCUCCCCUCUCCAUCACCAGCCCAGUCGCCGGGAGAUCACUGAGGUCAUACUUGGCUUCUCUGAAUAUCUUCCCUUGGAAUCAUCUCGACGGGUGUCUGCAAUCUGACCUUGAUUCGACCGGACACCCUUGCCCCAACCUCGGCAUUCACAACCCCCCACUGUCCCUUUUCGGUCUGAUCCACUUUCUUUUCCUGGUCCAUUUUGGGUCAUUUCACACACACUUUCUCUCUCCACCAACAGUACGGACAUCACAUACACACGACUGA